CUUUUUUAAAAGGCGUCUACAAUUUGACUUUAUUCCUGAGGAACUCACUCUUACUGUGCUCGCUCAAGAAAUUUUCUUGCUCCUGAAAACUAUUCUUAUUCGUCUAUCGUUUACCACUCCAAUUUCUUCAAUAAGUUGUUCGUUCAUGGAAGCGAAAAAAUUCCAUAUUGUGAUUGCGGACACAAUAACAAACAAAAAUGUUGAGUUCACUUCGGACCGCCUUUGCGCGGGGCGCGCCGACUUCUUUGCGAAGAGCCACAGCGGUAAGCGAAGCCAUGCCAUUCUUCAGACGCUCAGUAGCUGCAGACAAAACCGCAAUAUUUUUAUGUCCUCAAAGGAUGGAUGUAAUAGUUUUCUUCCACUGACUCUCUCUCUCUGCGAAGAGGAUCUUAUUUGUUCUUAGCGCUGAUGAAAAAAUAGUACCGACCGUUCUAGUUUCAACAUGUUGUAGUUGUUUUUUCCUCCCUAUGUACACUUGCUAAGAAGACUAUUGGUAGUAGUUUUCACAAUACCUGCUCGUCAGGGUCGUGGAAAAAGCCACUACAUCCUCGUCCAUAAUCUUCGUCCGCUCCGCGAUCGUAUCAAGGACUCGUCUCUAUUUAAGGGUAGGUUAAAGGUGCUUUUCUUACCGCUUUUUAUGGCUUCCUUAAGGGAGACAGGCAUAAGAAGCGGGAUAAACGAGCACCAAAAGCCUACCGCUAAUCUAUGGCUAGAAGACGAUUCGCAUCAGCGGCAGCACGGGCACAUGGUCAGGUCAUCGGAAAUCCGAGAGGGCUCAGUACUUACGGCGUCGCCAGUCAAGGUGGAUACUCUGGCGAGUACGCUGUUUUUAUGAGCAGGCAAAAUAUAACAUCCAACAUUUUUUCUGGAUCUGGCCAGCCUUCGAGUUGUAAUUGUCUUCUCGUCGUUCAAGGACAACAUCGACAUCUAUUCUUAAUAACGACAUCCGUUCGCGAAGGACAUCCGUUCUCAAACGACAUCCGUUCGCGAAGGGCAUCCGUUCUCAAACGACAUCCGUUUUGAAACGACAUAUCUCAUCCAUCCCUAAAGGACCUAUCUCACUCUCUAAGAAACAUAUGGUCUUAGGUGCUUUCGCGAUGUGGUUUACGAUGGGAGGAGUCUCCGGCAUUGCUCUGGCCAAUGCUGCAGUGGAUGUUUCAUUGCACGACACCUACUACGUCGUCGGCCACUUUCACAUUAUCAUGGUAUUUUGACAGGCUCAGCUCCAGUCGAUUUGAAAUCAGAUAAUGAUAAUGUGGUAAGUAGUCCUCCUCAGCAAGCCAUAGUAGGUACCCCAAAUAACUUUCGGCCACGUUUCAUUGCACGACACCUACUACGUCGUCGGCCACUUUCAUAUUAUCAUGGUAUUUUUGACUGAGCGCGAGCGCUCCAAAUAACUUUCGUUACAGAGUUCGUUGUGUCUGAUGAAAUUGUAAGUCGUCCUUCUAUAUUUUUCGCAUUGAUCAAUAACGUGGGUGUAGUGUUUCCAUCCUCCAUCAGUCACGACGUGUUACUCUUUUACUAACAUGAUUAUAACUUUAAUUACUGGCGGCCUGCGGACAUUAACAUGUGCCGGACAACAUCUAGGACGAGAUCUAUAUUUAAUUUACUCUCUACUCUUUACUUCCUCGACGACCACGACCAGGUGAGUACGUUGGGAUUGGCAAUGGCAUGCGGUUUCGUCUGCGUUAUCGGUCCUACACUAACUGGUGCCUCAGCCGCGAGAAUGCUGCCUACAGCGAGUCGAAGACUCAAUUCGCACCUACUCAAGUGCAUCAAUGGCAAGCCUCCAGCAAUCUAA